AUGGCACCUUCUAGCAAGUCUGAGAAGAAGGAUGCAGUUGAUGCAGCUGCAUGGAUGUUCAAUGUCCUCACAUCUGUUGGAAUCAUUCUAGUCAAUAAAGCAUUAAUGGCUACAUAUGCUACAACAUUGACUGGACUGCAUUUUGCUACGACAACAUUGAUGACUUCUAUUCUGAGGUGGCUGGGUGACAUACAAGCUUCACAUUUACCAGUCAGCGACCUACUGAAAUUUGUUAUAGUCGCUAACUUCUCAAUUGCUGGUAUGAAUAUUGCAAAGCUGAGCAUGAUACAUGUGUCGUGCUUACUUGAAGUGGUUUUUGACAAGAUUCGAUACUCAAGAAACACGAAACUAUGCAUUGCAGUUGUUCUGAGGGGGUUGUUUGCACAGUUACUGAUAGGAAAUACUCUCUUAGUUCUUUCAAUUUGUUGGGGGCACACCGCACCAUCUCAGGCUGCAAGUUUGCUGCUUAUUGCCCCCUUACUUGAUUAUUGGCUCACGACCAAAAGAGUUGAUGCAUUUGAGUACAGCCUAUCAUCUAUUGUAUUUAUCGUCCUUUCUUGCACGAUUGUAGUAGGGACUAACCUUAGCCAGUUCAUAUGCAUAGGAAGAUUCACUGCCGUAUCAUUUUCAAGUCCUUGGGCAUAUGAAGACAAUCCUAGUAUUAAUACUAGGAUUCUUGUUCUUUGGGAAAGAGGGCCUAAAUCUACAAGUGGUUAUAGGAAUGACAAUAGCGGUGAUUGGGAUGGUAUGGUACGAUUUGAAAGCCCAUCUGCAACGGCUAGUCCAGACUCCCCCACCCUAGCACUGGUUGAAUUGCUCUAG